GUCCCGGACCUCUUGAAGCAGUAAACCAACCACACAGGAAUCUUCAUUCUUUCUUCGCCAUCACCUAACCAACGCAGAGUCAGAGGGAGGGAGAGGAGAAUUCAUGGCGGCUUCAAAGCUACAAGCUCUCUGGAAUCACCCAGCCGGACCCAAAACUAUUCACUUUUGGGCACCAACUUUUAAAUGGGGCAUCAGCAUAGCAAAUAUUGCCGACUUCUCUAAACCACCUGAAAAACUUUCAUAUCCUCAGCAAAUAGCUGUUACUGCCACUGGGCUUAUAUGGUCACGCUACAGCACUGUAAUAAUGCCGAAAAACUGGAAUCUAUUUAGUGUAAACGUUGCAAUGGCUGCAACAGGCCUUUACCAACUUUCGCGCAAAUUACAGCAUGAUUAUUUUCCUGAGGCAGAAGCUGUUGUUGCAAAGGAAUGACAGACGAGAAUCUGCUCAAGUUCCUUUGGUUCUCCUCAGUGCAGAAGCCAGUUUGCCUUCUCGCCCUGCAAUUAUUUAAACAUUCUCAAUCUGUGACUUAUGUUUGCAUCCUUCGGGGGUUAUGGAUAUUUCAGUAUUCUAUGAUGUAGAAAUUGUAGGUGGACUUUGAUUGUUGUGCUUGAAAGGCAAUUAUGAACUUAAAAAGUUAUUAGUUGACCAAAUAAAAUCUUUUCCAAAUCCCUUCUUUUUCA